AUGUAUGAUUACGGCGAUGAAUAUUAUCUGGAAGAAGACAAAAUGGGUAUGUCGGUGACCUCUGGAAGUGUGACCCUGCAAAAAGAUGCCCAGAAUUUGGUGGGGAUCAGUAUUGGAGGUGGCGCACCCUUUUGUCCCUGCCUUUACGUUGUCCAGGUGUUUGAUAACACCCCGGCUGCCAGGGAUGCGUCGCUGGCCUCCGGAGAUGAGCUAACGGGAAUCAACGGGACCUCGGUGAAAGGUCGAACGAAGGUCGAGGUCGCAAGGAUGAUUCAGUCUAUUAAAGGGGAUGUCACUGUUAACUACAACAAACUACACGCAGAUCCGAAGCAGGGAAAGACUUUGGAUCUCAUCCUAAAGAAGAUGAAGCACAGGGUUGUCGAGACGAUGAACUCAAGCACGGCCGAUGCCCUUGGUCUUAGUAGAGCCAUUCUUUGCAAUGAUGGAUUAGUGAAAAAGUUGGAAGAACUGGAGAAGAUGUCUGGCAUGUAUAGGUGUCUGAUGGAGCAAACCAAAAGACUGCUGAUGGCUUUUUUUGACCUGUCUCAAUCACACAGAGCGUUCGGGGACGUGUUUGCCAGUAUUGGCGUGAAGGAACCGCAGCCACAGGCCAGCGAGGUCUUCUCGAUGUUUGGCGAGGCUCACAGGAAUGUCGAGAGACACGCUGUCAACAUGUUGAAAACUGUCAAGCCGAUGAUUAGUGACAUGAAUACCUAUCUGAACAAGGCAGUACCUGAUACCAGGUUGACCAUUAAGAAGUAUCUCGACGCCAAGUUUGAAUACCUGUCGUACUGCUUGAAAGUUAAGGAGAUGGACGAUGAGGAAUACAGUUAUGCAGCCCUGCACGAGUCCCUGUAUAGGGUUGAAACUGGCAAUUAUGAAUACAGACUAAUACUGAGAUGUAGACAAGAGGCCAGGGCAAGAUUUGCCAAGAUGAGGUCUGACGUGUUGGUCAAGCUCGAACUCCUCGACAAUAAACACGUCCAAGACAUAGUUUUCCAACUGCAGAGGCUUGUAUCUGGUUUGGCCAAGUACCACAGAGAAUCACAUGAGGUGCUCAAAAAAGCAGACGUCUUCCCCAUCGAGGUCGACUUGUCACGUGGCACCUUCACCUACGAUACCACUGGCCAAUACAACGACGAGGAAGAGAACCACGACGAUGCCCCGCCCGCCAAUGAGAGCAAGGGGUCUCAAAUCGAGAGCCAAUCAGAAUUCGCCAAUAGUACAAUUAGCACUGUUAAUAAUAAUUUGGGCGGAGACUUACUUAUCGGAGAUCUGAUUUCAACUGAUUGAUUGAUUGGUUGAUUAAUUUGUUGAUUGAUUUGUUG